AUGGAGCAGGGGAAGCGCAAGGCUUACACUGACUGCUCAACAAUUGUUGUUGAGAAAGUCAUCAGUGUCAAUGUCACUGAUGAUUGGUUCUUCAUCAGCGAUUUCCUUGGGAUAGACCGAGCACCGCUCCAGGUCAUACAUGGUUCAGACGUCUUGCAGGAGAAGCACGCUUGGGUAGCUGAACCCCAUGACCAGCUUCUACUAAGAGCCGACACGCUCAUUGCUGCAUUCUGGGGUGGCAAGAUUCGAUUGGUGGGCGGCGAUGACAAAUGGAGCGGCCAAGUGGAAAUCUACCGCCAUGAUGCUUGGGGUGCAGUCUGCGAUAGCAGUUGGGAUAUGAAGGACGCCACCACCGUUUGUCAUCAGCUCGGCUUCAUCGAGGCUCUGGAGGCUAAAACGGGGUUGUCCAGCCGAGAGAGUGACCGGCCGAUCGUGAUGAAUCGAGUCGCCUGUACUGGAACUGAACGACGGCUGGCUGACUGUCCGUUUGUCUGUACCGGCUCUCAGCAAUGCAGCAGCUCAACUGUAGCAGGAGUCGUUUGUAAACCAAGACCUGAUGAGCUUCGGUUGGUCGGCGGAUCUCGCACCAGCGGCCGAGUGGAGAUAUACCGUGGCGGCAGCUGGGGCACCAUCUGUGAUUCCAAUUGGAACGAGACGGAUGCGGGGAUUGUCUGCCGACAGCUCGGUUUCUCAGACGCACUGGAAGCUAAGUCCGCUGCCCACUUCGGGCAGGGUAGCGGACCCGUCCAUAUGGACGGCGUAGCGUGCGAAGGAUCCGAAGAGAAAAUUACCGACUGCCCUUCCUACUGCUGGGAAGAGACAAGUUGUAGCCACUCACACGAUGCUGGAGUGAUCUGUAGUGACGGAAACACCGUAACAACCAACAAGUGACGAAAGCUAAACCGCUCAAGCAACCAAGAAGGAUAGGACACCAACCAUAUUCUCAUACACACUCAUCUCCUUUUUUAAAAGGGACAAUAUUUGUUCCAUUGGAUUUCAGACCAUCAAAGCGCCCCUCGUGAACUGCUGGUCGACUUCUUCUAUAGUCACGUGACUGGCCUGGGCAUAUAACCCGUGCAUGCUGUAAAAAAAAUAUAUGGAGAGUGGUAACUCGCUUCUCUUGGCAUUGUACAGUAUAUUAGCGACUGCGCAAUCUAUGACACCAGUCUUUGUUAGUGCAUACUGGCUAGAUGUAGUUUUGAAUCAGAGGCAGAAGCUUUCUUGUUGUCAAUGUAUGUUUGUGUGCAGCAUAUACAAUACGCAUAAUAAGCAUGCAACAAUCAUAGUGGCUUUGUUUGUUCGAAAAAAAUAUAUAUACAAAAUGAUAAUAAGAAAACACCAAAAGACAAAAAAC